GUAAUAAUAGGAUUUGAAACUGGUUUUGUUCCACCAAAUAUCAAUUAUACAUCUCCACGAAAUGAUAUAGAAGCCUUGAUAAACGGAACUGUUCGUGUCGUACAAGAACCACUGCCACUUAAAAAUGGUUACAUAGGUAUCAGUUCUUUUGGUAUUGGGGGCGCCAACGCUCAUAUGCUGUUAAAGUGGAAUUUGAAACAGAAGGUUAAUAAUAGCGUGCCAAAUGAUGAAUUGCCAAGACUUGUAAUAUUGUCUGGACGCACUGAAGAAUCAGUGAAAUUGUUCUUAAAUGACAUUGCUAAUUAUCAGAUAGAUGUAGAAUAUAUCCGUUUACUACACGAUAUUCACUCAGACAAUAUAGACGGUCAUACAUGGAGAGGAUAUAUUAUAUUAAAUACUUCGCAGCAAGAAUCAAUACAAGAAAUUAAAAAUUGUAAUAUUGUGAAAAGACCUGUUUGCUUUAUAUUUUCAGCCUUAGGGUCGCAAUGGCCCGGAAUGGGUCAAAAUUUAUUAAAAUUCCAAGUAUUUGCAAAUACAAUAAGAAUGUGCGAUGCUGUUUUAAAACCAUAUAAUAUAAGUAUCACAAACAUUUUGACAAAUGCAGAACAAAAUGUGUACGAAGAUGCGUUAUGCGCGUUUCUGGGAAUUGUCGCUAUUCAGAUUGGUUUAGUAGAUCUCUUAAGAUCUUUAGGAAUUACUCCGAAUUACAUGAUUAGUCAUUCUGCUAGUGAACUCGGCUGCGCAUACGCAGAUGACUGUCUUACCAUUGAACAAACUAUUAUAUCAGCAUACUUUAUUGGUUUAGCGUGUGUCAAAGGAAAAUUAAUUCGUAGCUCGAUGGCAAUUAUCAGUUUUGAUUACAAGUGUCUUAAAAAUAUAUGUCCAGAGGAUAUUGAAAUAGUAUGUCGCAAUAGCGAGAACAGCAGCAUUGUUAGUGGUCCAACAAAAUCCGUGCAAGCUUUUAUAAAAAAAUUGCAGGUUAAUACAAUUUGUGUAAAAGAGAUUCACUGUAACGUGCCGUAUCAUAGUUCUUAUCUCGCAUCUGUGGAACCUCAGCUUUUGUCUGAUUUGAACAAAAUAAUACCACGUCCGAAAAAACGAAGUCCAAAGUGGAUCAGCACUUCCGUACCCCGUACCGAAUGGCACACUUCAGCAUCAAAAUUAUCAUCCGCGGACUAUCAUACGGGUAGUAUAUUAAACACUGUUCUCUUUGAUCAAGCAAAGCAUUUAAUUCCAAGUAACGCUGUGACCAUUGAAAUCGCACCAAACGGCGUUCUGCAGCAAGUUUUGGAAAAAUCCUUGCAUCCACAGGUUACGAAUAUUUUAUUAACUCAAUAUACUGAACAAAGUUACAAUGUAAUUUUUCAAGGAAUUGGGAGACUUUACAACUGUGGCUUACAGCCACAAGUUGCCAAUUUAUAUCCGCCAGUAUCAUGGCCAGUUAGCCGAGGGACCAAAUCUACAAUAGCAAACAUAAUUUCAUACCACUUCGAUCUGAAAGGGCCAUCAUACGUUGUCGACACAGGAUGCAGUUCUAGCCUUUAUGCCAUGGCCGUUGGUUAUGAUUAUAUCAUGUCGGGCAUAUGCGAAGACGCAAUAAUUGGAGCUUCAAAUUUAUGUUUUCUUCCCGGUGUAAACCUACAAUACGCUCGGCUUGGUGCUUUGUCACCCGACGGUUAUUGCAGACCAUUUGAUAUUGCUGCAAAUGGUUAUUCGCGUGCCGAAACGGUGUCAGUGGCAUAUCUUCAAAAGAUGAAGAAUGCGAAGAGGAUUUAUGCCAUAUGUCCGCACAUUAAAUUAAACAGUGACGGUUACAAAGAAAAUGGAAUAAUAUAUCCAUCGUCAUUUAUGCAAAGUACUUUACUAACAGAAUUAUACAAUGAAUGUGGAAUACCGACAUCUUGUUUGGAUUACGUUGAAGCACAUGGUACCGGUACCAAAGUUGGUGAUGUCCAAGAAAUUAAUGCUAUCCAUAACACAUUGUGUAAAAAUAGAAAAACUCCAUUAAUGAUCGGCUCUGUAAAAUCCAAUCUUGGCCAUGGUGAAUCUACUAGCGGUUUCAUUCAAAUAGCUAAGAAAGGCGAUAAAAUACUUAUACACUCUGCCACUGGCGGUAUUGGACAAGCAGCUAUUCAUGUCGCUCUCAGUGAAGGAUGCGAGGUGUUCACUACCGUGGGCACGAUUGACAAACGAAACUUUAUUAAGCAAAUGUUUCCGACUAUUUUGGAUGAACAUAUAGGAAGUUCUCGAGAUACUAGUUUUGAACAAAUGAUAAUGCGACAAACAAAAGAAGAACAUAUGACCACACGAGAUAUCUACAAAGAGUUGAAACUGCGCGGUUAUCAGUACAGCGGUUUGUUUCGUGGAUUAAAGAGUGCAUCUAUUUCAGGCAAAAAUGGACACAUUAUUUGGAGAAACAAUUGGGUAACAUUUAUGGAUAACAUGUUACAGAUGUACAUUAUCGGUUGUGAUACUAGGGAUUUAUAUGUUUCUACAAGUAUUCAGAAAUUAGUGAUCAAUCCUGAGCUUCAUGCAAUGAAGCUAAGAGACAAUUACGCUAACGACUUGGAAGCAACGAUAAACAAAGACAAACAAUUACCAAUACGAAUAUACAGAGAGAUAGACACAAUUAUAGCUGGCGGAAUAGAAAUUCGAGGACUUAAAGCCUCUCAGAUCGCUCGCCGAAAAAUCAUACAAGAUGCAGUUAUCGAGGAACACGUAUUUAUAGCUCACUGUGAUCGCGCUAAGAUUUCUUUAAACGAAGCGAUUCGAAUAUCGGCGCAACUCGCGUUGGAAGAUCAUCAAAUCAUCAAAAUGAAGAUCAUUGAGCUAGUGGAAGAUGACGAUGAUAUUCCAUUAGAAUAUCUUUCAUCUUCAUUAUUCCUUGAGGCAUUUAAUGAUAUGCCAUUGAUACAAGCAAAAAUCAUUCUAUUAACAUCGCCGAAUCAUUUCAAUUCAUCAGAUUUAACACAAAACAUUUCAAUCGUAGAUUUGAACAGAGAAUCUAUAGAUGACAAAGCUUUAAUAGUUACCGGAUUCAAUCUUUUGACCAAACGACAAACCUCAUUACAGCGACUGUUGUCAUUUUUGAAAGAAGGUGGUUAUCUGUUGACGCGCGAGAAAUGCGACAUAACUGACUACAAGAAAUAUUUGCAGCAAUACGAAUUAAAUGUUAUUCUUGAAAAGCGCACUGAUAAAGAAAUGGUUGUACUUCUGAAGAAGAAAGUUUUGAUAGAAAACAGAGCUGUUGUCUAUAUAAAUAAUGAUAAUUUUAAUUGGCUCGAGGAUCUAAAGUUGCUUGUAAGCGAUAAGAGAGAACUUGACAAGAAUAGCAGAACUAUAAUUGUUGGAGAGGGAGACUUUGAGUGCGGUUUAUUGGGUUUUAUUAACUGUUUGAGAAAAGAACCGGAUGGAGAACUUGUUAGGGGUGUGCUUAUUCAAGAUGAGGAGGCUACAAAAUUUUCUCUACAAGAUUCCUUCUAUUUAGAGCAGCUGCAAAAAGAUAUGGCAAUUAACGUAUUGCGACCUAAUAAGACUUGGGGAUCGUAUAGACAUUUAAGAUUACCACAACGGGAAGCUGAACUUGUACCUACCGCUCAUGUCUACCAAACGGUUCGUGGUGAUCUAAACACAUUCUGUUGGAUAGAAAACAAUCUGUUUGCAGAGCUUUGCCGUGAAGAUUUAGUACAUGUGAUUUAUUCAUCACUCAAUUUUAAAGAUGUAUUACUUGCAACUGGCAAAUUCGUAAAUCGAACGAUUUCGCAUGGGCGAUUUUCUGACUGUGAACCAUUUGGUAUGGAAUACGUGGGAUUUGACGCCAACGGCCAACGCGUAAUGGGAUUUCGUGAUACUAAAUGUAUAGCAAACGUUGUUGUGAAAGAUAAAGACUUCUGUUGGAAAAUACCAGAUGCGUGGACAUUCGAAGAGGCGGCGACGAUUCCAUGCGUUUACAGCACAGUUUAUUUAGCUCUAUAUAUUUAUGGAAAAAUGUUGGUUUCACGAACUGAAAUAAAAAAUGGUUAUCAACGUAUGAAAGUUCGUCUGUGGAAAUCGUACGGUGUAAAUGUGCUAAUUAUCAAGGACAUUGAUGUCGCUAACACUCAGGAUUGCGAAUAUCUUUUGCAAACUGCGGAAAAAGAAGGGCCAGUGGACGCGAUAUUCAAUCUUGGUAUGGCAUACAAGAGCGGUAUCCUGAAGAAUCAAACUGCUGAAACCUUUGCGGAAUCCUUUCAAUCGAAGGCUCAAGCAACUCAGAUAUUGGACAAACUUACUAGAAACAUCUGCCUUAAUCUGCGGCAUUUUGUAGUAUUCUCUUCUGUUUCCUGCGGCAGAGGAAGUAUUGGACUAACUAAUUAUGGCAUGGCUAACUCCGUCAUGGAAAGAGUGUGCGAGAAAAGAGCGAAGGAAGAAUUACCUGGAUUGGCAAUUCAAUGGGGAGCUGUGGGCGACGUUGGUCUCAUCGCAGAUAAGCAAGAGGAAGGUAUAAAAUUGACUAUCGAUGGCACUUUGCAGCAAAAAAUAUCCUGCUGUCUCGACAAACUCGAUGAAUUUUUACUUCAAAGCCGGCCAAUUGUGAGCAGCAUGGUCAUAGAUGAAAAGAAAGCGGAAUCUUGCGGCAGUAUGGUAGAAACUAUUGCUAGUAUUUUAGACAUAAAAGACAUGAAAGUUAUAAAUCAAAAUUCGCUUUUGGCCGAACUUGGAGUGGAUUCCAUGAUGGUCAUUGAAAUCAAGCAAACUCUUGAACGAGAAUUUGAUAUUUUUUUUACUGCACGAGAAAUAAGAAAUCUUUCUUUCGCGAAACUCAUGAAAAUGUCCGAUGGAAACGUUAGUGACAAUAAUAUGCAUUUCUAACAAAAAUUCUUUUCAGAAAAAGAAAAAAAUUAUACGCCAAGUAUAUAUAAAAGUAUCGUACUUUACGUC